AUGGAAAAACGUUUGCUGGUGAGAUCAGUGAUGGGAGCACUCAACCCUGCAGACAUUGCCACAAAGAGACUCAGCGCAGCAAGGCAGCUGGGUUUGAUUGGCUACAUCUACCUGGCCAUUCGCCCUGGGGACCCGAUCGACAACAGCUCAGAUGUGGAUGCCUCCGUCUCAGACUGCCCUGCAUGGUCUGAAGAGGGCAUGAUCCAUUGGUUAUACGACCGAUGUGAGAGGAGGUUGCAGAAAGCCGUUACAAGGCAGGAUCCCUACAAAACAAACCAGUAUCUGGCCCGGCAAGGUAUGCUGAGUGAUAUGCUGGCUGCUUUAGAAGUAGCCACCACGGAAACCAGGGGCCAUAUUCAGCAGGUUCUUGAAGACAUCACGGACUUGUCAAGUGAUGAGGAUUCGCCCACGAUCAACACUGGUGGUCAUGCUACAGCGUUGAACUCUGGAGUGCCUACUGGGAUUGCCACAGCGUUCGUGCAUGGAGUGGCUGGUAUGAGCCUAUGUGGAUGCGACAUUGGCGACUUGGAAACCUCUGACAUCAAGAUGAUCCCGUUUACAACUCUGGUUUUGACUGCGUGGACUAUGGUCAAUGAAGAUCCACAGAUCGAAGGGAGACUAUUGACUAUUGGUUGCCCUGAGGAGGAUCAAUGGACGCUUGACGACGAGUCCCCACAUCAUGGCCUUGGAGAAGAUGAGAAACAUCUUCAGCUGGCAGAAUCUGACAAGGCUUCCAGAGCCAUGAUGAGCCUUCUCGAAUUUGACAAGUUCGAGGAGGUGACAAAACUGAUUGGGCAACUUGGUGGAGCGCUUCGAGAAGUGAAGCCAGAGAGCUCCGUCUCAGACGAGAGCAUGUCAGAGGAAACGCCAGAACAGAGGGCACAGCGCUACAUGAGCUGUGGACAAUCAGAGGCUUUUGGGCUGAUGUUCACUAUGGCCCAAGGAGUCAUGAGGAAGAAACAGAACCCGAUGAUGGCACGGGACUUCAGGAAUUCUGAGAGGCAGCAAGGAAGCACCACAGAAGAGUGUCGCUUGGUGGGGAUGAGACCCAUCAUGCGGCUCCAGUGCCAAUAG